GGGAAGCACUUGUUACAUUAGCUACUACUCCCGUGACGUUUGUGAUCUCCGCGAGCUGCUUCGGUGUGUUAUUUGGCAUCUUAGCCAUUUUGUCUGUAACGGUGAAGUGUCUAUUGCAACACAAUACUCGUUCCGACGUUCAUACACUGCGGCUGCAGGUUACUUUAAAAUAUCUCAACUAUUUACAUUAUGAAAUGUCAGACAAUGCACUCCUAUGUGAAGAAUAUUAUCACAUUAAAGAACGGAAUAAUAUCUAACACGCUCUUACUCUGCCCUAUGACAGCUUCGGCUUAGCCUGUUCCUACAAUUUCUCCACCACAAUAGACGUAAAUCGUUUGUCGUUGAGUUGGUACAACUAACAUAUGCUAUCGCCAUCCGCACGGUUUGUGUGUGUUGCUGAAGUCAGCUUGGCAGCUGACGAGAUGGCGGGAUUACGUAGAAUGAUUGUUGGCUUAAAACGACACGAGAAAAGCGAAGUUAUCGUUCCAGCAAAAUUCAUUGACUGCAUUGUGAAUUACUUUCUUCCAAAUGAACUGCGGGUGCGAGUGUCAUGUGAAUUAAAGGAUGAUAUGUUAGUUUUAUCUCCAGCUCAAGAUGACGGUGAUAUAAAAUUCCGGUCUUCAGAGGACAUUCCUUUAACAAAUACAAGAAUGUCGUCUGUUUUACUCCAGCAUUCUCCAGAGUGUCCCAUUCUGCGACUUGAUGAACCAAGUCAGGUGUCUGAAAAAGUUCGCAGUCAAGGCGUGUACGUAGCAGUUACAGUAAUCUUGGAAUCUCUGGACCACAAAAUCUUGUUGACACAAAGAUCUGAUCGCAUGAGAGCUUUUCCACGGGUGUGGGUUCCUCCUGGAGGCCAUUUAGAGUGUGGUGAAACUCUUUUGGAGUGUGCAUUUCGAGAAUUGAAGGAAGAAACUGGUUUGAAAUUUGAAUUUGGUGAAUCACAAGCACAGCUUUUAUGUUUGUGGGAAUCCGUAUUUCCCGUCCUCUUGGGAUUUGGUGUGCCAAAAAACCAUCAUAUUGUUGUAUAUUAUUAUUUACGAGCUCAAGAGACUUCGGAAGAAUUGCAGAAAAAAAUAAAAUUGGAUCCAGAAGAAGUUCAAGCCUGUACAUGGCUUUGUGAACAAAAUGUUGAAAAUUUAUUUGAAAGAUCGUGUGAUGAUUUGGGAAAAGUGGUUAAAUUCCAUGUUGAACCAGAUGGCAGUCAGUAUUGCUCUGAACUGGAUUUGUCUACAAUGUUCCAUCCAUCAUUAUGGCAAGAUAAGAAGAUUUAUAGUGGGACCCAACUAGCAUUGUACUGCUGGCUGAGGAUAUGUCAGAAUAAAUCAGGUGCAUUACUUAGUAAAAUAUAAAUAAUAUAUUUUUCAUGUACUUAUUUUAUUAUAGUUUAUCAAAUGCGAUAUUGGAUGAGGAAAUAAACUGAUUAUGGUUGUGGCAUAAUUUGAUUAACAAGAAUGAAAUUAAUCUUGUGACAUUCAGAUGACACAAGAGACAUUUCUCGACUUGCAUCGUCACUUGUGUUAACUUUUUACAAUCUUGGAGCUGAGGAAUUGCACACAUUUAUCUUCAAUAAAAUAAUUUUAUUAUCAAGUUA